GCCCUCGGCGGGUGGUUCUCCAGUAUCAGCAGCUUCAUCUACUUCCCAGCCAUCCCCUUUCUGGCAUCUGACCUUAAUGUCGGUGUCCAGCAAGUCAAUUUGACCGUCACAUCCUACCUCGUCAUGUCCGGCAUCUUUCCGUCUAUCAUGGGCGAUGCAGCUGAUCGAUUCGGCCGACGGCCCGUCUUCUUGCUGGCAUUGGCCAUUUAUCUUGGGGCAAAUAUUGGCCUUGCUUUGCAAUCCCAUUUCGUUCUGCUUUUUGUCCUUCGAAUGCUGCAGAGUGCGGGCAUCUCAGGCACCUUUUCCAUCGCCUAUGGGGUGCUGGGGGACUUGUUCACGCCUGCCGAGAGAGGGGGUUACUCCGGUAUCAUCUCG